AUGGCUUUCAAUUUCGGGGCUUCCAACUCCGCUGCUGGAAGUCCUGCCGCCGAGCUGGGACCCGAGCUCCCGGAUGUUAUUGCUGAUGAGGUCGGCUUCAAAGGUGUUUGCGGUGAUAGCAACGUCCGAUUCCUUCCCACCCCCUGGCCUGAAGAUGCCCUUCCAGCUCCAACAAGCUCCCUUCUUGCUGUCGCGCCGACUAAAGGACUAGUGGCUGGUGCCGCUCCCAACUCGCUCGUUAUCGCGUCGACUGAAGCAGUGCGAAAGGCCAUCUGCGCAACGACCGGCGAAAGCAAAGUCAAGACUAAGCCCUUCGAACCACAAGCGAAUCUACCCCUUCCUGCGCGACCUACACAUGUGGCUUUCGCUUCGGGCGACAGUGCCUUAAUCUUAGCGACUGAAAAUGGUGCGGAACUUGCUGUCUACCAGACAGCGACGCUGCUGACGGGCAAUCCGCAGCCUGCCUUGGCCAUCCCGAUGAACGGCACGACCCUUCGCGCUAUGGCACCCAAUCCUACACCGUCGGAAGAUAUCCUUUCGUCUCUGGUUGCACUAGUCACAGCGAAUGGCGAGCUCUUGAUUGCAGAUCUGAAAGGAGGAAAUUUAAUCCGGGGACCUAGCGGUCAGCUUGUGGCUGGUCUUGCAGAUGGAACAGCAGUUCAGAUGACUCCUGACGGGACCCAAAAGGACGUAAUACCCCGCCCUUCUGACCUGGAAGGCGAUUGUCAUGUGUCGUCCAUUGCAUGGAUUGAAACUGACAUAUUCUUGAUGGUAUAUACACCAAAUGCGACUGAAGAUGAUAUGGGCCAGACGCCUCCGUCUUCGUACUAUAUCAUCACCAGAAGGAAAGGCGCACCUUUCCUGGUUCAGAAGAUGCCGGAACUGUGCAUGCCAUUUGGUGUCAAACGCGCCCCAGCCUACCAGUUUAUCGCGCGUCUGAGGGACUACAAGCCGCACUUGAAAAACGUCCUAAUCGUAUCCUCUACAGCAUCUACAGAUAUAGGACUCAUCACACGGUCCGAUCAACCACUGGCCAGUGAUGACGCUGCCAAAGGCACCGUGGGUCUCUUUACAACAACAGAGGUCAAUGACGACACAAAGAGAGCAUCCCUUCCUUUAACUGAGGCCAAUAGUGAUACUUCAGUAAUCGGAUUAGGGGUUGACCUCUCUAGCACCGAGCCCGUGGUUUCCCCGAUCCAAGGCGAAGACAUCGCGGAAAGUUUCACGCCCCUGCCCAAUGUCUUCCUUCUGAACAACGAAGGCAUACUGUGCUCUUGGUGGUUUAUAUAUUCAGAGUCUAUUCGCCAGAAACUGCCCUACCAUGGUCUGGUCUCGGUAAGCCCACAACAACCGCAACCGCAACCGCAAGCACCAGAACCAGCGCAGCCUACCGGUCAGUCCCCGUUCGGACAGCCUGCAUUUGGACAGUCGGCCUUUGGUAGCCCUUCGGCAAUGGGGUCAUCGACGUUUGGCAAGCCUUCUGCUGCCCCAGCGUUUGGCAGCCCCUCAACUCUAGGUAGCCGACAACCUGCCUUUGGAACGCCAUCGGCUCUCGGUGGGCCAUCUUUCGGAUCGCCAUCCCAGAUGAAACCUUCAUUCGGCGCGCCUAGUACUCUCGGGCGCGCAGCGCCCCAAUUUGGCCAGUCGGGCUUUGGAGCCAGUGCUGCGCCAAGCUUUGGGCAGCCGUCCACACCAGGUAAACCACUCUCUUUCGGUACGCCCAGCGCUGCCUCGGGAGGAGGAUUUGGCUCGUUUGCGAAUGCAGGAGGGUUCUCCAGCUUCGCAGCAUCCAAACCGGCAACAGAAUCUCCCUUUGCGAAACCUGCCGGCGAAUCUCCUUUUGGAAAACCUGCCGGCGAAUCGCCUUUUGGCAAGGUCUCAACCGAGAGUCCUUUCACGAAGCCUUCAGGCCCAUCUAUUUUCGGCACCCCGGCUCAGGCCGACACAGCAUUCACACCUCAGAAGGCGGACGAAUCUAAGGGUGGCUUUGGUGUUGGCUCAAGCGGCUUCGUACUUGGUUCUACUUUUAAGGGUGAUGGCACGGCUGUCAAUGAUGGUCCAUUGCCUGACAAGUCUUCUGGUUUUCUCUCCUUUGGCACAUCCCUGGAUGAUAUGGUCUCCACACCUGAUAAGACCAGUCCGCCAACAGAAUCGAUGGACGAUACAGAAGAUCAGCCUGCGGUCACCCAACCCGAGAAACCAGCAGCAAAGGAGCCUCCAGCAUCAUUGUUUGGCGCGCCUUCUAAAAUCGAUACCUCUAGAACGACAUCAUUGUUCGGUGCUCAGACGCAACCUCAGCCAGCGGCACAAACAAACAAGUCUCCCUUCUCCUUGUUCGGAAACGUCGCUGCGGAGAAACAGGUAACCAGUCCCCUGUCCCCGCCGUCUGAAAAGACAAUCGUCGCUAGCUCAACGCCCAAGGCGGAGAAUAUCUCCAUUGCCGAACCGCCUCUCCCCCCUGACCCAACAAGCAGGGCCGCGUAUGGCCCAGGCGAUACCUCUGCAUCUUCCAACGUCUCUAAGAGCUCGGUCGAAGAUGUGCACUUUCCAUCAGGUGCUGCGAGGCAGCCAGAACCUACUUUGGAAGAUGUCGCACCUGAAGCACCGCUCCCACCUGAUUUCGCAAGCGGGAUCAAGGACAAAGCCGGAAAACCUGCGGCAGACGAGGCUCCAUUGCCUUCAGAACCAGCAGUUCCUGAGUCACCUGCUGCAUCUGACGAGGAGGCUAGUCCGUUGCCUGAAGAAUCGGACGUCGAUGAGUCCGAAAAAGAACCGAGUGAGGAGGCCGAUGAAUCUGACUUCGCUGAUAGCGGAGAGGAAAUCACACAUGAAAUUGAUGAAGAAGAGGAAGAGCCUGAAACCACGGGCCAGACACCGAAGAUUUCACCAGAGAGUUCUUUCGGAACUGGCGUCUCCGAACAAAGCCCCGCCGGAGGAUUGUUCUCUCGCAUUUCCAGGCCCGGUCAGCAACAACCGCAGCGACAGUUGUUCGGGGAGAUUGCUAAACCCAUGUUUCCACCGAAGACUCAUGUAGAUCGCGAACCCCCAAGAUCGCCCAGUCCAGUGCGAGGCGGUAUUCCGAAAACUCUGCUGAAGCCACAGAUUCACAAAUCGGCCAGUGCUCCUCAAAUUCCGGGUAGCACUCUUGCUGCCCGCAAGGCUACUUUGACCGAAGCAGCUCUGCGUGAUCAACGAUUGCGACAGGAGUCUGAUCGCACUGCCCGUGAAGACCAGGCCCGCUUGAAAAUUCAAGCCCAAAGAAAGGAGGAAGAAAUAUUAUCCCUUUCUGACGAUGACGAGGAUGAGAGACUUCGCGCGGAUCUUGCCCAACCACUGGAGCCUGUCCCAACACUUGACCCCUUCCUGCCACACCAGGACUAUAUGGGUCAAACCACAAAGCCAGGAAUUCCCGGUCAAAUCGAGAGGUUAUACCGUGAUAUCAACUCGAUGAUUGAUACGCUAGGCAUAAAUUCUCGGGCUCUGUCGUCCUUCCUUCUCUAUCAACAAUCGCCCAGAGACUCCGAGAGAUGGAUACAAACCUUGAAGACUGAUCAUCCAGCUGAUAUUUUAGACGAGAAGGUGCUUCUCUGCGAAAUUGAAAAGCUCGACGAUGCUGUGCUUAUGCUUGCCGAUUCCCUCCAGGAGCAGCGGGCGCAGAAAGUGGAGGAGAAACUUGAGGCCUGCCGAGAAUUACUGAGUAAAGACAUUCUCAAUCUCAGAGGCCAGUGUGCAAGCAUUCGAAAGACCCUUGACGCUCAUACUGACACGGCAGCGAUUCUUUCUGCACCUCUUUCCGCGGAGCAAGCGAACCUCCAGCAAGACCUCCGGUCUGCGUUCACAAACCUACAAGCCAGUCUGGCGGACUUGGAGUCUGCAGUAUCAUUAUUACGGGCUAAGAUCGCAGAAGCCCCCCGGCCAGACAGUAGCCGCCAGCCAACGAAGCGCCCUACUGUGGAAGCUGUGACAUCUACUAUCGCAACUAUGAUGAACAUGGCCGAGAGCAAGAGCAGCGAUAUUGAUGUUCUGGAGAUCCAAUUGAAAAAGCUCGGGAUCGACACUUCAGGUCCUCCGGCCAGCCGAGAAGGAUCCCCAUUUGCCACACCGAAAAAGGCGUUGGCGAGAUUUCCUACGACACCUGGUUCUCGUGGGUCUAUUGACGGGCCACUCAGUGCGUAUCACACUCCAGAGUCCGUGGGCAGAUUUCGAUCGAGCAUCAACGGGUCAGCCAAGGCCAGCCGGCUUCGGAAUAUCGAAGCCGUUGGCGAACUGGCCUCCAAGGAGGAAACGGCACAAUGGAAGAGCAAGCUGUUGCGUAGGCAACAUAUCAUUGGUAAUUUGAAGAAGGUGAUCGAAGCAAAGAAGUCCAAGGUCCGGGGCGCGGAUGAUUUGUAG